CGGAUGGGACGAUGUGACGGAUGUGACCAGAUGUGAGGGUUAUGAGCGUUGUGAGCUAUGGCGUCAAGUGAGGUAGAUUUAAUCAGUAAUGUACUAAGCAGUGAUGACUGUUCAAAAAUACCGGAAGAUAUUCGGAAAAAGAUAGAGUCUUAUGUUAGAAGUACAGCAGAACAAAGCGUUGUAGCUAAAGCGUUAUUGGAGACAACUAAGGGAAACUUCGAAGCAAGAAUUAUUACUGUUGAGAAGGAGCUUAGUGCAGUCAAAGAAGACAAUGUCACUAAGACAGUCAAACUUGAUUCCGCUGAAAGGGAAUUGGAAGAGUUGCAAAAGAAAGCACAGUCAUUGCAGGAUGAGGUCGAGAAACUACGGAAUUCAGUACAGAGGCUAGAACAGGAGAACAUAGAUUUCCGCCGACAACGUGACAGUGCAGUAGAUGAACGUGACAGCCUCCAGAAGAUGGUUGACAGGCGAAAUACAGAGCUGCAGCAUAUGCAGGAUGAUGUCAGAAUGCUGAACAGUCAGCUGAAAUCUGCCAUUGAUGCCAAAUGUGAAGCCAUCGCCAAAUAUGAAGGAGUCCAGAGUCUUGAGGUUUCCCUUGAGUACAAGGAGAAACGGUUGAAUCAAGAGCAAGACCAACUCAGGAAACAGGUCCAGAACCUUACCGAAGAUUUGGACAAGCAUACAGCUGAGCUUAUGAAUAUGAGGAGAGAACAUACGAAUAAGCAUCUUCUACUGCAGUCUCAGCUGUCACAAAUCACUGAGGAGCUUCAUAUUGCUAACCAGUCGAAUGAGGAGCUGAAAUCUACAAAUGCCACGCUGGUUGGGAAAUUGGAAACUGCGAUGCAGAAACUGGUAUCGCAGAGAGAAAGUGAAAGCAAGAUGCGGGACACUUAUGAACAGGAACUUACGGCACAGACGCGUCUAGCACAGAUUUAUAAAGGAAUGAGUGAUGAUGCUUCAUCCAAAUCACAGGAACUUUCGAAUGCUGUGAAAGAAUUACAGGAAUUGUUACAAAGUGCUUCUAAACAGUAUGGAGAUCUUGAAACUGAGAUGAAGAGAAAGGAGAUGUUACACGAAGCAGAACUGGCAAAGAAAACGGAGUGUAUUGCCCUUCUGAAGAAGGAAUUGGCAGAUGCAAAUGAACUACUGAAAGCAGCAAAGCAGGAGACGUUAGAUGCUGCUAUUGAGAGUCUGUCACCAUCAGCUGCUGCUGCUAGCCGCCUCAUCAAGUCAGGCAUGACACUGACACAGAUUUAUAGUCAGUAUGUAGCAGUUUCAGAAGAGCUCUUUUCCCAGAAGGAAGAAACGCAGAAAUUAAACCUGUAUAUAACCACUAUCAUGGAAGAAAUUGAGGAGAAAGCACCAAUUCUUAAGAAGCAGCGUGAGGACUAUGAACAUGCUCUUGAAAAUGUGGCCACACUUACCAAACAGAUUGACGAAUAUAUCAUUGAAUGUAAUAAGCUGCGUCAUGAAGCUUCUGAAGCUCAGAAGGCUGAGGCUCACCACAGCCGAGAAAAUGCACGUCUCAAACAGGAAGUGGUCGAUUUGGCAAAGCAAGUGUGCUUCCUGCUUAAAGAAGUUGAAAUGGCUCGAACUGGUUUCAGUGCUGGACAGAGUCACAUGGAAGAGUCUUCGUCAGACAUUACUAGCUCUUCCCAAGUCAUUUCACAGGCACUUGUAACUUUUGGCAGCAUUGAAGAACUUCAGACUAAUAAUCAGAAGUUGUUAAUGCUGGUGAGAGAACUGAGCUCGAAGGAAGAAGAAGCAGAGCUCCUUCAGGCUGAGCUUAACCCAGAACAAAUUCAUGAUAAAAUAGAGCAGUAUGCUAAGAGAGUAAAGGAAUUGGAAGAGAACAAUGAACAGCAUACAAAAAUGAUGGAAACUUUGCUUAGACAGCGGGACAUGUAUAGGACACUUUAUGAACAGCAGCUGAAAGGGGGAAGUAGUCCAAUGAAGUUGCCAGAGCAGGUGUCUCCAAAGUCAUAUAAAGGACUUUCACUUAACCAAGGAACAGUUCUUCAGGAAAAGGAAAACGUGAUUCAGGAAUUAAAAGCUAAACUAAAUGAAUCUCAGAAAGCUUUUAAGGAGCUUAAAGAAGAAAUGGUUGUAUAUCGAACAGAACGUCAGACCAAUGAACGAAUUUUGACUGAAGAAUUAGAUACCAUGAGAUCUGAGCUCAGAGAACUUCGUACCAAUAAUUGUAAGCUACUUUCUCAGGCUGAAUACAAUGAAGAAAGGUUUAAAAUUCUCAAUGCUAAUACAGGUAUUUACAAAUCACAAAUUACUGCACUGGAAGAGAAAAACAAAACCUACAGCUCAACUGUAGUGAAGCAUGAACAGACUAUCAUGCAUCUUAAAGAUGAAGCGUUAGAUGCUCAGGCCAAACUCUCCAAAGCUGAAGUGAGUUUGGAAAAUCUGAAGAGAAAGUGUCAGUUGUUGCAGGAGACAGAAGCUCGUCUCUUGAAAGAAAGAGAAGUACUGAAUCGUGAAAAGCAGAGCCAGGGAAUAUUAUUAGCAAACUUGGAAUCCAUUCGUACCAGUUUAGAACGAUCAGAAACAGAAGGAAAGUUGCGGCUGGAGGCACGGCUUGAUGAAUCAAUGAGGGAAUGUGGUGCACUUAGGAGGAGGUUACAGGAGGAACAAGAUCGUUUCCGUGAAUUGUCUUCCCACAAUGAGCGUCAGUUGGAAGCUGCUAAGAAACGUCAAGAAGAAGAGGCAAGAUUGGGGGCACAAACCAGAGAUGAUCUUAACUUGGUUAGAGAAGAGCUGGUUAAGGAAAAGAAAAUGGUGGAGUCAUUGACCAAGAGGAUCAAAGAGAUAGCAGCACCACCUCCUAGUCAGAAGACUCCUACCGAAGCCGAGGUCAUGGCAAAGAAGCUAAAAGAAAUUGAAACUCAGUUGAAUCGGAGUCAGAGUGAGUUGAAAUUGACACAACAGCAGCUAGCAUCUUCAAAACAGCAUGCCAAACAGUACUCUGAGGUGUCUGAGGGGACAGAGAAGCAGCUGAAGGAAGUUACAGCAAAGUUUGAUCAAUAUAAGGAGGCUACAGAGAAAAAACUAGCAGACUGCAGGAACAGUGAAGAGCAGUUGAAGAAGCAAGUAGCAGAUUUAAGUUCUCAGCUUUCGAAACUGUCGACUGGUACAAGUCAUUCAACAGCUGAACUAAAUGAUCAGCUGGACAAGAUGCAAAAGGAGUUGACAUCAGCACUUUCUGAUCUUGAGCAGACCAAGAAAGACCUGGUUCAAGCUCGGUCUGAUCUUGUGUCACUUUCAGGAAAUGUACAAGCUGCUGAAGAGAAAUAUGCGCAUGAGGUGGUUCUGCAUUCAGCUGACAUUCAGACAUUAUCAUCUUUGAAGGAAAAGUUUGCAACUUUGAGUUCUGAACUGUCUGAACUUCGACUUUCCAAAGAACAAGCUGAGAACACUCUCAAUGAACUGCGUUCAGGCUGGGAAGCAAGAGAGGAACACUUUAAAAAAGAGUUAAAUGAUACCCAAAAGCAAGUAAAGGAUAUGGAUUCUCAGAAUGCUUUGCUGCAUGAUCAGAUCCAAGCACUGAGUUCACAACUUGCUGUUCUGCGAGCAAGUGGUCAUCAGACAGACUCUGCAGUGAGAAAUAUAUCCAGUGACUCACUAAAUACCUCCAUAUCAGAAGAAGAGAAGAAAUCCUCAGAACAGUUACUUCAGAUUGUCAAGUACCUUCGCCAGGAGAAGGAUAUAGCUCUCUCGAAAUAUGAAGUCCUGCGUACUGAAAAUCUCCGCCUGAAAUCACAGCAAGAAUAUCUUGAAAAGCAAGCAGAAGAUGCUAAGAAAUCUUUGUUGGUAGAACAAGAGAAGAUGGAAGCAUCUUCAGUGACAGCUGCCAAACAUUCAGAGCUGUUGAGGAAGGUGGAGACUCUGAAUGCUAUAACAGACAGUAAUCGCAUAUUGCGUGGAGAACGGGAUGAUCUCCAGGUUAAAGUUCGUGAAUUGCUGGAGCAGGUGGAGAAGUUAGAAAAGGAACUAGGCCCUUUGAAGGAAUCCAACACCGAUCUGUCCGCUCGUGUUGAAUCUAUGACUGCUGAGAAUGUUGCACUUCGUGGAGAAGCUGGAAGACUGAGGCAGAGAAUGAACUACCUUAUUGAGCGGUCAAGCAAGGCGAGCCCCGAGGAUUGGAGGCGGUUGCAGCAAGAAAGAGAAGGACUUGUGAGGCAUCUAAGUGGGGAGAAGGAGGCCCACCAAAAAACUGUGGAAGAGAAUAGAGGACUGAGGCAAGAGAAAAUCCGGCUGGAAGAACAGUUAAGUGCCCUUCAACGCCUACAACAGCAGCAAGCAGAAGAUCUGCGUAAACGUGUUGAUGAAGUGAACACACUGAAUCAGACUGUGUCCAAGCUUCAGCAGGAAUUCAAUGAUACUAAGUCUACCUUACUUAAGAAAAAUGAAGAACUGGCUACAAUUACAGAAGAUCUGGGUGCCAAAGAAGCGCUGUUGACUGACACGAAAAAUAAAGAACUGCAGAUUCGCAAGAUAGCGAGGCGCUACAAAUCGCAGUUUGAAGAUCUAACAAAAACAGUGGAGGAGGGGAAGGUUGCUAAAGAGAAGGAAGAAGCUGCUGUGGCUGCAGCAGCAGCAGCCGCAGCUGUGUCCGCCCAAGAGAUUCCUCCAGAAAUGCAGGAACAGCUGCGAGAUGAGGUUAGAAGAGAGAUGGAGAGUAAGUUAAAGGAGGCUGAGAGCAGACAUUCCGCUGUAGUUAAGGAGCUAACAGAACAGGUUACAAGUUCACGUCAGGAAACAGAAAUCCUACGUAGAGAGAAUGAUGCGUUGAAGGCUUCUAUGGCUGAUAAGGAAGAGAGAACAAAGUCUCUACUGAAAACUGCUCGACAGAAAAUAAUGCACCAAACAGAGAUGAACCAGACAUUGUCCCGUCAGCUGUCCGAUUUAGAGCAGUCUAAAGGCAUCAUGCAGAUGAAUGCUAUGAAAACGCAGUAUGAAAGCCGGAUUUCUCAUCUGGAGAAAGAGAAUGCAGAUGUGCGAGCUGAGAAACAGCAAGACAAAGAGCGUCUGACGAGGGAUGUAGAAGCACUGAAUCAGCGAUUGAAUCAGCUACAGCGUCAACUUGACAAACAGCAGGGAUCUAAACCAUCCACCAGUUUAGGUCCUGUUGAGAAAGCUAAUAUUGAGCCCCCAACAGCCAAUAUAAAGCCAAUGGCAGGACCAUCUUCAACACAGUCCAAGCAACAGCCGAUGCAGCAGUCUGUAACAGUCACUCCAUGGCCAGGACGAGGUGAAACUCCUUUUGCCAGCAUUCGGCCAAUGUCAAUGCAGUCACGUACAGUAGCAGUAUUGCCAACAAGUCAGACCAGCAGUUCUAGCAGUAAUCAAACAUCCAGCCAGAGCACACAGGUUUUGGUCCCUCCACAACAGCAGUUGGUCCACACAACAGGCUCGGCAAGUGGUACUAGUGCAGAAGUGUUACCAUCAUCACCCACCUCAUCUCACACAGACUACAUGCCAGCUACCAGCUCAGCUGGGUCCUCAGUGGGCCCCAUCCGUCAAGUAGCAGUGCAACCAACGCAGCAGGCUACUGUUACAACUGUCACAGUUGGGCCGUCACCUAGUUCACGUGAGGAGCCACCAGUCUCAGCAGCUGAAUCUACUCAGGAUAUAGAAACAGAAUCGGAUGACAUGGAAGUCCAGCAAAUUCCUGGUGCUUCUUCACAGCAGCAACAAUUGCAACAACAGCAGCAGCAACAGGGCCAACAAGCUGUGGCAUUAGUUUUGCCUAGAGUGGAGCAACAAACGUCCACGACACAAACUCAGACUCAGGUGCAGCUGAUAGUAGAACAGUCUGUAGUUGUUGCCAGCAGCCAAGCCAACAGCAGUAACACUGUAACGACUACUCGGGCAGGAGUUAAACGUCAGAGGGAUUCCAAAGGAGACAGCACAACUAGGACUGAGGAGAAGAACAGUGGAUCAUCUCAGGUAAAGCGACCUCGAGCACAGGAAAUGUUCCAGCCAGUGCCAUCUGAGUCAGGUGUCGAUGUGGAAUAUCAGGUGCCAACUUCAUCACAGAGGGACCAUGAGGAUGAAGUAAUUGUAGUUGACUCCGAAGAUGAUGAUGACGAUGAUGAUGGCAUUGCAGAUGAAGGAGUAAUUGAAGAACCUGAUGAUGGCCCUGAAUUUGAGGAGGAAACAGACAAUGGGGAGAGCUAUGAGGUUGAAGGUUAUGACAGAGAUGAACAGGACCUGACUGCAUAUGAUGAAGGUGAAGGGCCUGACAUAGAUGAGGAGACUGCACCUGACCAAGCCAACAAUGAAGUGGAAAUCAUGGAGGACAGCAAUGAGGUGCCGAACCAGUCUGGCAGCAGUAUUAUAGGAACAGUGGACAACAGUGCUGGUCAGUCUGCUACUGUGCCAGUAGCGUCCUCGGCAGAAGUACUUCAUCCCCCACAACAGCAACACUCUGAGGCUACCAGCAGUGGAUCAGCCACACAGCCUGAGAGUGGAAGCAUCAGUUCAGUAGUCAUGAGUCAGGCUUCGCCCUCGGUUCCAACCGGCUUUGCCAGAGGAAGGCACGUGCCUCCCCUCUGCAGGCAGCAACAGCAUUUAGUAUUACAACCACCAAGUUAUGAAGAUGCAGGAGAUGACAGCAUUGUUCCCAGUACUCCCACGCUCUUUGUUCCAAGGCGUACAGAUGGUUUUGGGGAGGCAGUCAGCUCUCCACAAGUCCCAACAGGAAGGUUUACCUUCUCUGAUACGAACCCACCAACUGCCCGAGCAGGAAUUGCGCAGAUGGCUUCAGAAGGCAUGGACGACACUCGCAUGGACUUGACACAGCUUGAAGAGUCUGGAACAGGACGAAGUGUUCCUUCCACUCCUCUCCAGGUGUCACCACAAGGUGAGUUGAGUACAUUGGAGAUGUCUAGUGAGGUUGGUCAGAGUGUGGGUGGAAGUGACAGCAGCGAGCAGACACCGCCAGAGCAUCAGGUAGAAGGCGGCCCAAACAGCAUACCAUCCAUCACAGUGACUCAUGUUACAGAGGAAGCAGCUGCCACCACAGAAACAGAGGAGGAGAUGCCCCCACCACAGCUGGCAGAAACAGAUGAAUCAGGUGAACCCAGAGAAUUGUCUGAAGAUCAUGCUGCUGGGCAGGAAGAUGUUCUGGACUUAGCAGACGAUGGUGGAGAUGGGGUGAGUUCUGAGGGAGAGAAGUCCCAGGCUGUGGAAGACAUAGAAGAGGGGCGUGAGGCAGAGGCAACAGUGGAGCCCGCAAUGAGCAGUACCUCUCCACGGCGAGUGCACGGAGGCACAGCCCGACGGUCUGGACGUGGUGCGUUCAGAAAUCGAAGUCGAAUAGUCAUGAGACCCACACCCAUUAUUUGGAAUGAGCCAGGUUCCACUUCCAGCAGAGGAUGCGGCAUGAUGAUGAUGAGAGGAGGCCCAGGUGAUCCCCAAAGAGGUAACUUCCAGCGAGGUCCCCAAAGGGGCCGUCGGAUGAGAGGGAAACCAAAGGGGAACUUCCCACCAUACCAGAUGAGGUUUUAAUACCAUACGGGCCCAUGUACAUCAUUUUCUUUAACAUUAUCCUAUUUAAAGGCACAGUUGCAAGAAUAUUAAAGAAACGCCUGCUAGCUUUAUCAUGUCUGCAUAAAGCAACUCAAUGCCUGUUGGAUGGGCUUUCAUGACAGUGUAUGCUGCAGAGUUGUACCAAAAUGUGUCGACAAGAGGCAAUUCAAUGCCAGGUUGUGGUAUGGAAGUCAUGAUAUAUGGAGGGGAAACAGAGCACCCUGGCAGUAUUAGUAGAGUCAUAUUCUUGCAUUUUCAUGUGAUUAUGUUUGCAAAGCCAUAGUUUGCGACCUUUAGUCAAGUGGUGAACCUACCUACAAAGCUGAGAAAUGCUGUGGCGUGUAAUCUGCAGAAUCCAAGCUAAACAUUUUGUAUAGAGUUCCUCAAGAUGUAGUGGCCUGGCAGGGCACUGCUAGGCACACCAGAGCAUUCACCAUUGAUAAAUCUCAUUUGUAAGCAUUGUUCUAUUACAUAACACUCAUAUACGUGCAUUUAAAUAAAGUGAUGAUUAUUUUAUGGCCAUGUAUCACAGCUCAGAGUCUGGAUUAUUUUAUAUUAUGGAAAGACCAUUAGUGUUAUAUUCCAUAUUUUCUGUAUUGUAAGACGCACUGGAAUAUUAAGAGACACUUGGAUUUUAAUGAAAAAUUUGAGAGAAAACACUAUUGUAUCUUCAGACCAUAAAAUGCACAUUGAUUUGAAGCAUAGUUAUCUAGGGGAAAAUAAAUGUAUACUUAUACUCUGGAAAAUAUGGCAUAUUCCAUUCUGUACAAUCCGAGGUUCUCACAGUGGUGGUUACGAAGAGUUCUGUCUUCUGGGUUAUAACCCUAAAUAGUCCAUUGAAAGUUGACCAGUAUUUUGGAGGAACAUGUUGUCUCCUCUGCUGGACUGAAGAAAAAACCCAGCAACAAAGCAGGAAGAAGCAGAGCUUACAGCAUAGGUUGCCUUUUAGUGGACUAAAUGGUGUUAUAUAUCGGAAGAUAGAAUUCUAUAUUUUCUAUUCCAUCCAGCAAGAAGGUACAUAUUUUAAGAGUACCAUCUUCUGGGAUGUGGUUGCAUGUGGUCUAGCAGAUAGGAACCAGUGUUUCAGAGAAUCUACUGCUUCCAUCUGCAAGGUAGAAGAACAUGCACUUGUCUCUCCUAAUUACUGUGAAGUUAUUUCGCGUUGUAGCAUGUAUAUCGCCUAGUUUUGGUUUUAAUAUCUGAUUGCCUGAGUUUCCUUGGAUCCCUUGAAUGUUUUGAGAUGUCUCAUAUGUUCUGUGAGAUCUCCACUGUAGUCAGUUUGGUUCACAUCAUGUAUUGUAAACAUCUCACUUUAUAAUGGUAACAUAAAAGAUUUGUGACUGA